ACAACGAAAAAAACUUUCAUUGCGGAAGAUUUCGUAGAUACCACGGUGUUAUAUAUGCUUUAUAUGGAUAUUUAAAAAACUGAACAAAAGAAGAAUGUCGGUUUCGACUUAUAAACUAAUUUGACGUUUAAACAGCGGAUGAAAAUGUUAUGUGAAAUGAAAGAUGAACAAUUAUGCGAUGGACAACAUGAAAUACCGGAAACAGCCGUCGCCAUCUGUUUUGUACAUCAAGAACUUCUUUGUGUUGACUGUUUAAUUAACAAGAAACAAUCGGAAUGUAAGUUGAAACGUAUAAACAAGCUCUCGUCGAGUGAGAAUCAAUUGAUUGAGGUGUUAAAAAUUAAGAAAUGCCUCGCUGAACGGAAACGUUUAGUAACGAGACACAAAAAAAGUGUGCGUGAAGAAAUCGAUACAUUGAAAAGUAGAAUCAAAUAUCACGCUCAGGAAUUGAUUCUUAGAGUGCAAGAACAUGAAGCAAACACGAUUAGGGAUCUUAACGAUAAAUCGAAGCUUCUGGUUGUCACGGAUGAUGAUGAAAUGGAAAAGAUUCUAGAUUUAGAAAAUGACAUUUCUGUAGUAACUAAGUGUUUCUCUGCGGAAGAUGGUAACAUAAAGCAAUCAGAGGUUUUAAGAUUAAAAGACAAGUUAGAAAAUAUUGUGAUUAUGAAAGACAAUACAGUAUUGAGUAGAUAUACUAAAAAACUAUUUUUAUCCUCUUUAGACACAAAUGAAUUAGGAACUGUGGAAAUACUCGAUGCAGACAAUAUGCUAGAUAUAAAAGAUGUUCAAACGAAGAAACAGUUUGAAAGCGAAUCUUUUGAAUAUAAUCUAGGAUCUGAAGAAACGACUGAUUUAAACGCCGAAGAAGACGUAUAUGUUAUGACAGUGCCAUCGAAUGGAAAAGAAAAUCAUAUUAAAAAUAGAUCACUUCUAGAGUCAGAAAAAAAUAAAGAGGAAUGGCAAAAGUGCACUAGUCCUUGGGAAAAAGACAUAUCAAAAACUCAAGAAACUCCCAACAAGGAGCAAGGGUUCCCUCCUUUCUUUGGUUUUGUUGGGUUGGAAAACAAUCAAAUUGUUAUUCAUGAGAAAUCUGAAAAAGCCAAACUUUCCACAGCAUCAUUUACUCACCUUUUAGUAACGGAUCAUAAUGAGCUGGUAUUGUUUGAUCAAUACACACAUGGACUUAUUGUUUGUAAUUUUUCAGGAGAAAUCAAAAUGAAACAUGCACUUUUAAAAGCUCCACUGAAAAUCACACAGUAUGAAAACAACUCCUUUGCAAUAUUGAAUUGUAAAGACUUCACGAUUCAAAUCUUCUGUGUCGAGAACGAACAUCUAGCAACAUCGGAUAUGGACUUUUUAAUACCUGUUUCGAAAGCGUUCCAUGUGCUUGGAUUUGCGUACGACAAUAACCGCAAACAAUUUGCUUUACAUGGGAUUGAGAGAGACGAGGGCUUAUUGUUUCUAAUACGCGCCACGGACAAUGAAAUGUCCUAUGAAAUCCGUAGAUUCCACGUGUCUUCAGUACAGCAACAGUGCAGACCUGGUGAUUAUCAAACACAGUAUGACUUUGAAAGGAAUUGUGUUUACAUACUAAAUAAAUCGCACAAGACAAUAAAAUGCUUUUUGUUUGCAAAAAACAAGUUUGGAUGGAAAAUCGCGUGCAAUGAUGCCAGUUUUGUCCCUGAUCAGCUGGUGUUCGAUCAACAAAAUCUGUACAUUACAUCAAAGGAAAACGUCACAGUGUUCUCGAAGAAUUCUGGGGAAUGCAAGACGACACACAAUGCAUGUAUCGGAGAGUUGAAGGCAAUCUGUUUAAUGAAACAUCAUCACAUAGCAAUUGUGUCGUGUAACUCUUCCGAUCCACAAACAUCAAUGACCCUUGAAUGUGUAGCACUUCCAGCUUGUGACUGAAUUUGAAAUAGUGAUCAUAAUUAGAAUCAACCCAUUAAAACGGACAUAAAAGAACAAUAUGAGAAUGUAUGCGACUGAUUCCCCGAGAUUAGAGUGAAAAGUUAAAAUAAUUUGAAUUGUCCCUGUAUAUAUUUAACUAUAUAUGUAUAUAAAUAAUCAGAUUAAUGAAUAUUAAAACAUAGUUUGUUUUUACCAGACAGUUAUGAAUACGUGUUGAAUAAGCAAUAAUCUUAGAAAGUAAUGUCUAUGUUUAAGAUAUGGCGGACACAUGCAUGUGUAAAUGCACAUGCAAUGUUUGUGUAUAAGCUUGUAAAGGACGAUUUGAUAGUAUGCAUGUUUUACCAAAUAUUUUGCAGGAUAUCCCUGGAUUUUUUUUAUUUGUGAUUUUAGAAAGAAAUUCAUGCAUUAAAUGGAUUUGAUUACGUAUAACUAGACAUAAUCAUUUUUAAAUACUGUGUUUUGAACACUCUUGUGCUGGAUACAUUUAAACUAAUUUCAUUAGUCGAUAAAUUAGCAUGUAACGAAAUGAGAAACAAAAGGGCCAAGCUGGCUCUAUAUCGCUCACCUGGUUAGGUCAAAGAAUAUUGAAGAAAUUGAUCGGUCAACAUACUAGAUACAGAUUAAACGCCGGCCCACUCGUUCACGGCAGGUGAAACUAUGAAAUGGCCCGUUCUUUAAACGGGCUUAUAAAAAAAAAUGUAUUUCUUAUUAAAAUCUAAACGACCAUAGCUCUUGUUUAUUUGGAGUUAUAUAACUUCUCACAAAAUAGCCAUUACUGUCAAUUAAAUCAUGAAGUUAGAAGUUGAUAUCUCAAUGAUUGUAAAACAAUAAAUUAAUAAAAAAAUAAUAAUUUCGAAAAAGUUCGGCAGACGGUUGCUGAAGAGGAGAUUUUAGGUAAUAUUCAGCAUAUUAUUUAAUAUAAAGGGCAAAGGUAGAACUAAAGCGAUAUUCAUUUGUGUAUUCAUUUUGAAUAUAUAUAACCAUUUUAAACCUUUUCACGAUCUGUGUUAAGCUAUCUCCGUGCAGUUAGUGCUGUAAAGCACGCCCUAAUUUCGUAUCUUUGAUAUAUGUGUUUUGUUUAUUAUUGUCAGUGUUGCCGACUAUGCCAAGCAUCAACUGAACGAGCACUUGUGUGUUUUG